AUGCAAAUGACGUAUCAAACCCCUAUCUAUACCUGUGCAACAAAAACAUUCGCCUAUGGUUAUUGUAUUCUUGGAUGGUCGGAUGCAGUUGCUCUAUGUAAUAGUGAUCCAAAUUGCGGUGGUUUCUCAUUAACAACAAAUCGAAAUUGGCAUAAUGCCUUUGAUACAGCUAGUCAAGCUGCUGUAUCGCUGUUCAGUGCUCCAACAGGAGCACCUACUCCUACUCCUGGUGAAUGGUACCCAUUCUUCAAAAAAUGUUGGCAAUUCAAUACACAGAAAUACGAGACUGUGUGA